UUCAGAAGGCUGUGGUUUAUUCGCGCGUUAAGAACUGUAGAUUAUCUCGUCGGGAGGGAGGACAUUUCCUUUUUGUCAACUUACAAGCUUUUUUGCUUUUAUUAGGGUAUUUUUCUCCCCCAAGACCAAGAUUUUUUUUGUUCAUUUUCAGCGAAACUUUGCGCGUAUCGGUGGUGCGGCGCAACAGUGCAUCCGCCGAGCACACAGUAGCGUUUAGUCACCUGGCUGCAGCAGCUGACUUGUGUCUUACGGAAAGCGGAGUUGCCAGGCAGUUGCAAAAGAAAACUAGCUAUUGCUAGUUAGCAAGUCAGUCAGCUAGCCAGCUCUUUCCUCACUGCCACAUUAAGUCCCACCCUCACGGAGCGCGCGGACGUUGGGCUGCAGCGGUGAAGUCCAGUAUAUUUUUACCCCCUCUUCUGAAACUAGCCAGCAUCCUUAUACACCUGGUUGGCACGGGAAGAUCAUCCCCCAUCGCGUCGCUUAGCAAAGUUAGGUCAGACUAACCUUUUACCCCUGGCUCUACGUUCUCAAAUAGUCACCUGUAGGGAAAACGGUCGCUACACUGGCAGAGAGACUGUGUAAAAAGAAGAGACGAAAUAAGAAAGAACAAGGAAGACGCAGAGAAGGAGGUGUCUGGCUAGUUUAGCCGGGGAGAGAGAAUUCCAUAUAAACACUACCACCAAGCCACACACAACCAUGAGUAUUGAGAUACCAGUAGGGUUGACAGAACUUCUGCAGGGCUACACUGUGGAAGUGCUGCGACAAAGGCCGUCAGACUUGGUGGAAUUUGCAGUACAGUACUUCACCCGUUUGCGAGAUUCCAGAGGUCAGGAUGGGGCCACAGGUGCCAAGCAAGGGAAAGGAGUAAUGUUCGACGGUGAACCCAUGCAGACAGAGUCCAAUGGAGAUGACGAGGAAGAUGAUGACUCUGACUUUGAACCUCCACCUCCGAGCAGAUUCAACAGGAGAGUGUCGGUGUGUGCAGAGGCGUUCAACCCAGAUGACGAUGACGAGGACACCGAGCCCAGAGUGGUCCACCCAAAAACAGACGAGCAGCGCUGCAGACUGCAAGAAGCCUGCCGAGACAUCUUACUCUUUAAAACACUAGAUCAGGAGCAGUUCUCACAGGUGCUGGAUGCCAUGUUUGAGUUAAAAGUUCAACCCCAAGAGCACGUCAUUGAUCAGGGACAUGAUGGAGACAAUUUCUAUGUCAUAGAGAGGGGUAUUUAUGACAUUGUGGUAUCAGGAAAAUGCGUGGGUCAGUACAACAAUAAGGGCAGCUUUGGAGAACUGGCACUCAUGUACAACACACCACGUGCUGCCACCAUCAUAGCCACUCAGGAGGGAGCACUAUGGGGCCUGGAUCGUGCUACAUUUCGUAGACUUAUUGUCAAGAACAAUGCCAAGAAAAGAAGGAUGUACGAGACUUUCAUCGAGUCUGUGCCCUUACUCAAAACACUGGAGGCCACUGAGAGGAUGAAGAUAGUGGAUGUUCUUGGAGUGAAACAGUUCUCAGAUGGUGAACGCAUUAUUGCACAGGGAGAUAAGGCCGACUGUUUUUACAUUGUAGAAUCUGGAGAGGUCAAAAUCAUGAUGAAGAGUAAAACGAAGGCCGACCACGCAGACAAUGCGGAGGUGGAGAUAACACGCUGUAGCAGAGGUCAGUACUUCGGGGAACUGGCUUUGGUCACCAACAAGCCCCGGGCCGCCUCAGCCUACGCUGUGGGAGACAUCAAGUGUUUGGUAAUAGACAUUCAGGCGUUUGAGCGCCUCCUGGGUUCCUGUAAGGAGAUCAUGAAGAGGAACAUCUCCCACUAUGAAGAGCAGCUGGUGGCUCUGUUUGGCUCCAGCAUGGACCUGAGAGACUGAGCCUCCAACACCACCGUCCGUGCCUUCUUUUACACACACAAACACACAUGCACAAAAACAAAGUCCUCCCUCGCUUCAUUCAGAGGCUCCAAUGAGCCCAAAAGCUUUACACAGAUGCUGCAAAUGCCUGGAGAAGAGAAUUUGUGUCAUCUGCAUACACACACAUCCUAAAAUCCUGAAAUACACAUCAAUGGCAGACACUGAGAGACGCACACUUCAUUUAGUCUGCUCUCCCUUAAGCACAUACACAUCCUCGAUAAGCUGACUGCAGUCUUCUGUUAGAUGAACAUGCACACACCUUUUUUGAGCCAGCUUUGACCUCUCAGUAUAAAAGUCUUUGCCCCCAUACAGGUUAAGCAGUAUCAGAACAUGAAGUGUACAAGCACUCCUCCAUACAUGCAUUUUUAAACUCAUUCUUCAUGUGUGCAAGCUUUACAUUUACAUGAGCUUCUGAACAACUCCGUUGUUCCAAGCCUCAGCCAAGGACACAUCCACAUACAGGCACACACAGUUAAAGGUACAUUUGCACACAAACAAACACAGCCACAUCUGCAAAAACUGACAAAUUGUUGAGAAGAUAAACUUCUCUGAAAAAAUAGUUUAUAAAAAGGAAAAAAAACAUGGAAAAAAGCAAAACAUAAACAUAAAAAAUGUAAAGUUUAAAGAAAACGUACGUUUCAGAAACAUUUUAUGAUGAUGAAAACAGAUGCUUUGAUAAAAAUAUUUAAAUUAAAGUGUUUCCUCUUUGGGAGACCUGGGGUGCAGAAAUUUGUGAGUUUGCUCCAUUUCUUCCUAUCCUGUUGGUGAUUGAACUCAGUUUUUGGUGGUGAGUAUUACAGGACCACAGAGGAAGCCGUCGAAACAAUAACCCCACCUUUUCUGGGCCAUCGUUCUUCUGUCAACUCUUCAUUGUAUUGAAUUAAUUAAUAUUAAUGUAUUGUUACUAUAUAUUCCUUUAUUUUUGUUUUACUUUCACAAGUUCAUGUUAAGAUCCACCAUUCAUCUCUGACAAAAUGUAAAGAUGGAAAAAAAUGUAAUAAAAUGUUAGUGCUUAAUUCCUUGAAUGAGUUGUCCUGGAUUUAAAGAGUAUAAAAAAUAAAGUGAACAUUUGGUAAAA